ACUGGCGUGUGAUUCAUUUUUAACUAACAGGAAAUUGAAAGGGAAUAUACAUUCCAUUAUCAUAUAUAGAUUUGAUAUAUCUAGGCCUAACUUCUAAGACAAUAUGAAUUCAGAUUUGAAUGAAUGUUGCACAAUCAUUGGAAUAAGUGGGUGUACUAACAGUGGUAAAACCUCUUUGACCCAGAAAUUGCUUACAAAAUUUUCAGGAUCUAAACAUGUCUGUCAAGACACCUAUUUUCUGGAACCUGGUGAUGAAAGGUUAGAGUAUGUAGAGGAGGUCAAUCAUAAUAACUGGGAAAAAUUGAGUGCCUUGGAUAUGGUUAAAAUGGUAAAAGAGAUUAAAGAAUGGAUAAAAGACAGUGAGAGUAAUGAUAAUACAUCUACUAUAUUAUUUGUUGAAGGUUUUACAAUAUUUAACUAUAGCCCAUUAUGUGAACUCUUUGAUAAGAAAUAUUUUUUUACAAUGGAUUAUGAUACUUGUAAACAAAGACGAAGAGGAAGAAAUUAUAUACCAUCUGAUCCUGAAGGUUAUUUUGAUAAAGUAGUAUGGCCAAUGUAUGAAAAAAAUAAAAAAGAUAUAGAACACUAUAAAGACAUAGUUUAUCAUAGUGGUAGUGAGGACCAAGAAAAAACAAUGCACUCCAUAAUGACCGAUAUCCUAACAUUGCCUAAAAUUAGAAGACUAUAUCUUAGUUAAUUAUGUGUUUGUUAGCCUGCAUUACACAAAAAAUUAAAUCAAAAUAUAUUUUAUAAAUGUAAAUCUGAGAUAUAAUCUCUUCCCCUGCAUUGUCACAUUUUUUAGAUAUUUAUUUUCUAUGUGCUUUGAAAUGAAAGAUUAAGUUGUUUCGAUGCAUUUAUAUAUACAAUGUGUCUAGUCCACUCAUUACUUAUGCAAAACAUUUUGUCAUGGGAACACAGAGCCUCAAUAUCAAUUGAUAUUUUAUUAUUAUGCCAGAUGUAUAAGAAUGGUACAUGUACCACUCCAACCACUAAAAAGCAGUGGAAACAUUUUAAGACAUUCAUAUUGCAAACAGAUUACUGAAACACACCCAUAUUAAUUUUUUAUUCCAAAUAUUAACAUACUAGAACUUUCUCUCCGUAAUUGUAUGCAAAAUUGUUGAUGGAUUUGAAAGCUAACUAUUUUUUUAUGCAAGGUGAAUAAAAAUGAUUAAAAACUU